UAGUUCUUUGAUUAUGAUACGUAUUAUCUUUAUUUGGGUUAGAUAUAUACCUGAAGCGAUUUUGAAAAAUGGAAACUAUUAAAUAUUUAAAUGAAGACAAAUUUCUGAUACUGUCUUCUUUAAAUCACUACCAUAGAUUAUAGAAAAUUGAUAGAUUUUGCUUUUGAUUCUUUAGCCCCUGGAGAGCACACGUUAGCAAAACCGUUUUAUUUUUUGCUUUAAAACUUUUAUGAUAUCUUUGAUCGGUGGUCUGAUCAGAUAAAUGAAAAGCAAAAUUCUCACCUUUUAGCCAAAUAAAAAGGAAAAUUGUUAUCAAUACAAAUUUUAUUUAUUUGCUGAAAUUAAUUACAAGUAUUUGUUAAACUUUCCCCUCAUGAUUUUUAAUUUCUAAUAAUUUUGAGCAAAGACAAAUAAGAUAUUAGGAACUGUGUUGCUAGCACUUCUCUAGCAGAUAUGCAAUUGAACAGGUUAUUGAAUGCACAUCUAGUGGACGUAAAUUCUAGAAAUCUGCUGUUUCAUACAUUACAUGAGGAAACGGAGGGUGGAUGUUUAGUCACCCUCCAAGCCCAACGGGAAUACCCUCCAGACAUGCAAUGUAAAGACAAGUUUCUCUUACAGAGUACAAUAGUGAGUCCAAAUACUGAUGUUGACGACCUCCCACCAGAUACUUUUAAUAAGGAAAGUGGUAAUUCAAUAGAGGAGUUGAAAUUAAGAGUUGCAUAUAUCUCUACUGGCUCACCCGAAGGAAGCUCUGAAGAUGAUGCAUCAAGGAGCUCACAUAAACUCGAUUCCUCUUCUAGUCAGGUUUUACAGAAUCUGAAGGAAGAAAGAGAUGCCGCUGUCAGACAAACGAGACAGCUGCAACAGGAACUGGACAUGCUGAAAAGACGAAGAAACAGAAAAAGUGAUCCUGGCUUUUCCUUCAUCUUUGCCAUUUUUGUGGGUGUCCUUGGAGUUUUACUUGGCUUUCUUUUUAAACUCUUAUUCUCUUCUCCAUCUAGAGAAUGAUUUAGACUAUCCCGUAAAUUUCCAUGCAGACUCUCCGUAUUGUUCACUGUAUACGUUUAAAGCUUAAUAUUCUUUUCAAUUAGAAUUUUUUCCAA